GCCUUAGCACAGACAACACUCUUAUGGAUGCACCAUAGUAGCGAGAAGAGGUCUAGACCACGAUAUUCUUAUAGGUACACUGUGAGAGUAGAGAGAUGUAAACAAGGAAGGUUAGAUUUGGUAAAUUGUUUCCUGUAAUAAAUCGACAUUUAAAAUACAAAUAAAUUAGUAUUUAAGUAAGGUAUCACAUAUUGGCGACAGUGGAAGGGAUUUUUGUUCUACCGAAGGUAAGUUUUAAUCUGUUUGGGGUUGAUAUGGGUGAAAAAUGUAGUGGAAAUAACAAUCGGAAAAUAUGUUCUACAGAAUUGAUCGGAAACGAAGCUGGUACUGUGGCUUAGCGCAAGGUCUUAGAGACUGUAAACUAAACGGAAGCGGCUGUUUCGAGCAGCGCAGGUCAAUAGACUGUAAUCUGGAAGCGGCUAUUACACAGUACGGGGAAAGGUCAGAGAAGACUGAAAACGGAAAGCGGCUGUUUCGAGCAGCGCUAAGGUCCCGGAGACUGAAAAGUAGGAAACGCGUAUCGCAGCUUACUGGAAACCUGGAAAAGCUGACUCGAGGCAAUACCGACAAGUGAACGAGGUAAAUAUACGAAUAGGAAUAUACAAGUAAAGAAACAUCUGAUUGGAAUGUUUUUUUUUAGUCGGCUAAUCAGUCAUGGACAGGUUCGACAUUCCAGCAUUCAAGUUCAAACAGAUUCCUCCCAACGAAGUCCGUGAUGAAUGGGUUCGAUACAAACGACAUUUCGAGUACCUGGCUCUAGCCAACGCGAUCACGAAUAAGACGCGAUUGAAGCAUAUAUUCCUGGCCAAAGCCGGACCAGAUGUCCAGGAGGUUUUUAGCAGCAUUCCAGGGGCAGAUGUAGAAGAGGGCAUAGGCGUGAACCCUUUUGAGGUCGCAAUUGAUAAGCUUGAUGCGUAUUUUGCUCCAAAACAGCAUGAAGCUUACCAGCGUUUCUUGUUCUGGUCACUGAAACCCCAGGAUAAGGACGAGUCACUCGAUAAAUUUCUGCUUCGAUCAAUGGAACUAGCGAACAAGUGCAAUUUCGGAAAUACGAGACAAGAGAGCGCGGAGAUAAGUGUCAUUGACAAACUGAUUCAAUUGUCCCCUCCGGAUCUACGCGAAAAACUGUUGCAUAAGGAUCAUCUUACUCUGGAUGAGGUUACUAAGAUUGUCAACACACAUGAGUCCAUCAAGUUUCAAGCAGGACGAAUGUUUGGUGCGAAUGCUUCCCACGAAUCGGUUCCAAGCGAAAUCAACAAGAUUCACAGCGCGCAAAGAGAUUCUGGGUAUGAAUGUUCUCGUUGUGGCCGCCGCGGACACAAUGGUAUGGAUCGUAUUUGUCCGGCGAGAAACAAGCCGUGUGACUUAUGCCGGAAAAUUGGUCAUUUUGCUAGAUGCUGUCGUACUACCCGUCCCGCACAGAAGCGCAAAUUCGAAAACAGACUCGAUGAUGGUGAAACCAGCCGGAAACGAUUGAAGUAUGAAGCGGUUAGGCACGUGGAUAACCUGGAAGAAGGUAAUGGUGAGGAUAGCGUUCCAUGCUUCGUGUUUAACGUUGGAGAUGGAGACGCAUUCUUGUGGGUAUCCGUAGGUGGAGUACUCAUUCAAAUGUUGAUUGACUCAGGCUGUCAGAAAAACAUAAUCGAUGACGUGACUUGGGCGAAUAUGCAAGAACAAGGUGUGAAGGUGGAAAAUCGACGAUCGAAUUCUGAUCAAAACUUCAGAGCAUAUGGAAAGGCAUCCGUCCCAUUGGUCGUAAAGCAGGUAUUUGAAGCGGUGAUCAGAGUCAAGAAUAACGAGAAACGCAUCGAGAAAGUAGCAACGUUUUAUGUGAUAGAGGCAGGAUCGCAACCGCUGCUAGGCAGAAUCACAGCUAAGGAUUUGGGAGUGCUGGUUCUGGGUUUGCCUAGUACGGAUGCUCCGGAAGUCUUCCGUUUGGCGUUAGAACAGAAGCGACCAUUCCCCAAAUUGAAAGGUGUUUUGUUGACCAUUCCGAUCGACCGCACUGUCACACCAGUGUGCCAACAUGCUAGACGGCCUCCAUUGGCACUUCUAGACAAAAUUGAGCAGAAACUCGAGUCUUUGCAGGCGUCAGAUAUCAUUGAACCGGUCAACGAAUACAGUCAAUGGGUUUCACCACUGGUGACUAUUGUGAAGGAUAAUGGUGACCUCCGGUUGUGUGUAGAUAUGCGGCGGGCUAACCUGGCAAUCAAACGCGAGGGUCAUUUAAUGCCAACAUUCGACGAUUUCUUGCCGUUGCUCAGAAAUGCCAAGGUGUUCAGCCGGUUGGACAUCAAAGACGCGUUCCAUCAACUUGAGUUACACGAAUCGUGCCGUGACAUCACAACGUUUAUCACACACAAAGGGAUGUAUCGUUACAAACGGCUCAUGUUUGGUAUAUCGUGCGCGCCGGAAAUGUUCCAAAAAGUUUUGGAACAAGUUUUGGCAGAUUGCGAAAACGUUGUGAGUUUUAUCGACGACAUCCUAAUCUUCGGGGGGACUGAAGAAGAGCAUGACCGAGCUUUGGAGAAGGUCAUGAACGCUCUUAAAUCGAGAAAUAUUCUGCUGAAUCACGAUAAAUGUGUCUAUAAGGUAAAAGAGGUUGAUUUUCUGGGUCACCACGUGUCGGAAAAUGGCAUCAAACCGACAGAAGAUAAAAUGGCCGUUUUGAAGUCAUUCCGUGCUCCGCAUACUGCAGAAGAAUUAAGGAGUUUCUUAGGGUUGGUAACCUAGGUCGGACGAUUUCUUCCAAAUUUAGCUACGAUUUCUGCACCACUGAGACAGUUGACCCAUACUGGAGUCAAAUUUGAUUGGAGAUCAGAACACGAAGAAGCUUUCCGGAAGCUGAAAGAGAUGGUAACGGAUAUCAAAACGCUGCAUUACUUUGAUAGCUCUCUGAGAACUCGCGUAGUAGCUGACGCGUCGCCGGUUGGUCUAGGGGCUGUUUUAAUACAGUUUUCUGACCCGAAUAACGAUUUCCACCCUCGAGUAGUGAGUUAUGCCAGCAAAAGCCUCAGUCCGACAGAAAAACGUUACUGUCAGACUGAGAAGGAGGCGCUUGCCUUAGUUUGGGCAGUCGAGCGGUUCUCAGUAUAUCUUCUUGGACGGAAAUUCGAAUUGGAAACGGACCAUAAACCGCUAGAAGUAAUAUUUGGUUCCACAUCACGACCAUGUGCGCGCAUCGAAAGAUGGUUGCUUCGCCUACAAGCCUACACAUUUGUAGUUCGUUAUCGCAAGGGUUCUGAAAAUGUUGCAGACAGUCUUUCGCGGCUACCAGAGUUCGGAGAAGAUCACGAGUUUGAUGGUGACAACCAGUUCCUGGUGUUAGCCAUUAUGGAAUCUGCGGCGAUCGAUAUCAGUGAAUUGGAGAAGGCUUCUAAAGACGAUUUGGAACUUUUGGCUGUCCAGGAUUAUGUACGUUUUGGAAAAUGGUCUGCCGAGGUUAAACCGUUCGAACCAUUCCAUUCGGAAUUAGGGUUGACUGGCGAUAUUCUGGUUCGUGGAACCAAACUCGUGGUUCCCAGAGCAUUGAGAAACAGAAUGCUGAUUUUGGCACA